UGGGUCGUCUGCUUCAGGUGGAGAGACAAGGUCAGCGACGCCGUCUGCGGUGGCUACUGCGACAUGGUCACGUACGAAUUCCAGUGUGGCAAGCCGUGCUGCUACAAAGAUUGCAUUAUGGGAAGCUGGGGAGCCUGGGAAGCGUGUGAUGCUCGGUGUGAAUCUGACGGUCUCAAAGUGCGAAAUCGUUUGGUCAUUCAGGAGCCAGAUUGUGGCGGGAAAAGAUGCGACUACGAGUCCGAGACUACCACGUGCAAGGGCCCGUGUUGCCCUCAAGAUUGUGUUCUGGGCACCUGGAGUGACUGGUCUGACUGUUCCACUGUCUGUGGGGAAGGUAUAAUGACCCGAACCCGCUACAUCAAAUACCCCGUGUGUGGAGGAGCCAACUGCACGGAGCUGAAUGACAAACAGAACCAGACAUGCGAGAACUAUGUCAAUGUGGAUUGUCUAAUGGGCCAGUGGUCUGAUUGGACAGAAUGUAAACUAAACAACGGGCUAUGUGGGGAAGGCACUAAGAGUAGACAAAGAUCUGUCUUAACAGAUUCAAAAUGUCGAGGCCAGCCAUGCGGAAAUUUAACUGAAACCAGCCUGUGUUACGGCCCUUGUUGUAAGACUGACUGUAAAGUUGGAGAAUGGUCAGAGUUUGGAUUCUGUUCUGCUGCUUGUGGGGAAGGACUCAAAAACCGAACAAGAAAAAUUCUUACUGCCCCUGACUGUGGAGGGACGGCUUGCCCUGGCGUCCUAGAGUCCACCAGCUGUGUGGUUAGAAACACAACAGACUGUAAAUUCACAGAAUGGUCAGUCUGGUCCAACUGUAGCACGGACUGUGGUUUUGGUAAAUCUGUUAGGUCAAGGACAUUACUGACCCCAGCGUACUGCGGGGGUCAUUGUUUGGAGACUAAAACAGAAGAUAUAAAAGAUUGUGAGUCUUACGCCGCAAAGAAAGAUUGUCAGGUGGGGCCUUGGAGUUCAUGGGGAGUUUGUGUUCGUGAUUGUGAGCGUGGCAUUCAGAGGUCUACCAGGGUUAUUACAGUACAGGAAGUCUGUGGGGGAGUUCCUUGUACUGGUUUAUACAAUUUGACACAAACCCGCACCUGCCAUGAAAAAUGCACCCAGCUGUGUAACCAAGCAAAGUGCAGCUGUAACCCUGGUUACAACCUUGACCUUGAUGGGUUCACAUGCAAGAAGAAAAGUUGUGGAACUGCACCAACACUUUCCUAUUGUGGUCCAGGCACACAGGUCCUGGUCUCCUGUCAACCUGUCCACUUCAGCUACUGCCCCUCCACCUUAUAUGGUGACAAGUGUAAUGGUACAUGUUCAUCAGGGUGGGUUGUCAAAGGAGAUCCAAAGUUUAUAGAAUGUCAGCAGGAUGGAACCUGGACAGCUCCUAAGAUCUUUUGUGGGCCUGCUAAUAAAGCACCUAUUAAUAUAAGCCUGAACAGCACAGAUGUGUCAGAACUUUUACUUCCUGGCCAGUGUUUUGGUAAACUGACAACUACCUCAGAUAAUGAAGCCUGGGACAAACACACAUACUCUGUAGUGGCUGAUCCUGCUGGGGUUUUAAAAGUCAACAAUGACACGCUCUGUGUAAAGACCAAGUUAGAUUAUGAAACUUCACAAUAUAGACAAUGGACUGCAACAAUCAGAGCAACUGACCUAGAUGGACUAUAUCUUGACAAAAAUUUUACUUUCAAUUUACAAAAUAACAAUGAUCCUCCAAGGUCAGCUAAACUUUCACCAGACACAUUGUUGGAAAACAGUCCAAAAGGCACAUUUAUUGGCUGCUUCCAGCUGAUUGACGACGAUCCUGGCCAAAACUUGACACUUUUUAUGUUAACAAACACUAAACUCUUUGAACUUUUCAUGCAGGAACAAACUUACUGUCUAAAGGUUUUGGCAGAGUCAAGCCCCAACUGUACAACUGUAGGAGGAAAGCUGUGUGCCAUCAACUAUGAAGCUCAGAGCCAGAUCUACACUGCCAUAAUGGUGAGAGAUGACGCAGUGCCUCCAGCUUCUGCUUAUUUUGACAUUGGCAUAAAUGUCAUUGACGUCAAUGAGCCCAUCACAGGUGUCACAAUGACCUCAGACACAGUCCCAGAAAACAUUCCACCAGGUAAACCAUUGCUGGGACUGGUGGCCACAGAUGAAGAUAAAAAUGCCACCCACAAAUUUGAAAUACUAGAUGAUCCAUCUGGUUUGUUUCAGUUAAUUAAUAAAACACUUGUAGCAUCCGUUGCUUUAGAUUAUGAAAUCAACCCAACCAUCAAGUACACUAUCAAAGUCAGAGGUUCAGAUGUUGGAACACCAUUGACUUUUGCAAAAACUAACAUAACUUUUGGUGUGAGUGAUGUGAAUGAAGUCCCAAACAGCUUACAACUGACGUCUGCUAAUGCUCUGCUGUCAUAUCCACCCAACCAGCCACAGGUGAAGGAGAACAUUCCAGCUGUUGUUGUUGGCACAUUGUCAGCCAUUGAUCCUGACAACGGAGAUGCAAUUACAUUUUCAGUCAACAAUGACAAACUGCGCAUCAUCAACACCAAGUGCACCCCAAUGCAGCCAUAUCAGCACAACUACUGCUCAGGGAGACUGGUUAACAUUGGGGGUUUCAAUUUUGAGGAGGCGGCCAUUGUCCCAGUGAAAAUAACAGCUCAAGACAAAAAUCUUCACUCCAUAAAGCUUGACAUCAACAUUAUAGUCAUAGACAUGGAUGAUGUUCCUACAGACAUUCUAGUAAAUGGUGAUAUAACAAGCACAAUCAAUGUCCCAGAGAACAGCAAGGGUUUACUUGUUGCUGAACUUAAAACUGUUGAUGAGGAUCUGCUGGAUAAACAAAAUUACUUCCUUUCUGGACCGGCCUUUAACCAAUUUAAAAUACAAGGCAACAUGCUUUUUACAUCAGAUACUGCUAGUCUAGAUUUUGAAACUGCUGAGCCUAUGCAACUAACAAUUACAUCAGUUAGUACUGGUCAGACAAGUACAACAGUGGCAAAGACAUUCACUGUAAACAUCACUAACAUCAAUGAAGCACCAACAAACAUUAUUUUCAAUGGAUUGUCUGUUCCUGAAAACAGUAUUGAAGGGACCUUGGUCACAGCAAUGUCAACCGAAGAUCCAGAUAACAAAAUCCAAACAGCCUUUCAACAGUUUACAUAUGAACUGCUGGACAAUGCUCAAGAUAGAUUUAGCAUCAAGGGCAAUAACAUCUAUGUGAAAAAUUCUACUAAAACAUGUGGACUAAAUGUAUGUAACCUUGAUUAUGAAGUUCAAAAAGACCUCACUAUAGUUGUAAAGGUGACAGAUAAUGGAUCACCACCACUGAGCAUGAAUGUUUCAAAGAUUAUAUCACUCACAGAUGUCAAUGAUGCCCCUUACAAUAUUCAACUUAAUACUUAUCAGAUUUAUGAAAAUAAGCCCAAAGGAACUGUAAUUGGGACAUUUUCUGCAUCUGACCAAGACAAGAACAGUGUACUGACCUUCACCUUGCUGAACCAAGCCCAAACUUUUUCUGUAGAGAACUCUAUUCAGCUGGUCCAGUUGUCCAGUCUGGACUAUGAAGCACAAAAGGUUUAUUACAUACAGGUUCAGGUCACAGACAAUGGCAAUCCUGUUGCUUCUUGUAUCAACACCAUACAAGUUGAAGUUUUAAAUGUGAAUGAAGGACCAGAAUUUAUUGGGCCUGAAGUAUUGACAGUUGCAGAAGAUUCUAAUCUCGGAGCUUUGGUGGGUAGUGUCAGUGUGUUUGAUCCUGAUAGUAACGAUUCAGUGGAGAUCACUCUGAAAGAAUACAAAGAUGUCUUUGUUGUUGGAGGCAACACAAUUUCUACAAAGGAUGGUAAAGGAACGUUUGUUACCAUAAAUUUAACAACAGCCAAAUUACUUGAUUAUGAAAGCAAGGCAGAAUACAGUGUUGACCUAAAAAUUUCUGACAAGCAAGGCUUGGAGAUUGUUCAUAAUGUUAAAAUUUCUAUUGAGAACAAGAACGAUCCUCCUACUGACAUACUUCUCAAUAAACUAGCUACACCUAGAGUGAGUGUCCAAGAAAAUGUUUUAACAACAUUGGCAUCCUUAACAGCUCUGGAUGAAGACCAAAACCAGUCGUACACCUUCAGAAUUAUAAACCAGCCCGCAGAUCAUUUUAUCAUUGUUGGUAAUGAACUCAGGAUGCUAAAACCACUUGACUAUGAAACCACCUCAUCUGUCAUCAUAACAAUAGAAGUUUCAGACAGUGGAAUUCCAUCUUAUAAAGUGCAAAAAGUUACUACAAUAGAUGUAGUGAAUGUAAAUGAGCCACCUACAACCCUUGUUUUGUCAAAUAAUAAAGUGGAAGAAAACAGUGGAGAUGGUACAAUAGUUGGAACAUUACAGCCAACAGACCCAGACAACAAAGAAGGUUUCACAUACAACUUGCUGGAGAAUGCUGCAGGAAAAUUUAAAAUUAUGGGAGACAAAAUAGUAGUUAUAUCAUCAGAGCAAUGCUCUCUUCUUCAUCAAAAAUGUUCCCUUAACUAUGAACAGCAGUCUGUUCAUACUGUCAGAGUUAUGGUUACUGACAAUGGUUUUCCAAAACAAAGUUGUACUUUUGAGCUGAAGAUCGAGGUCACAGAUAUGAAUGAUGCUCCAUAUGAUUUAAUCCUAAGUGACAAUAAAGUUGAAGAAACUGGGAAUGCAGAUAGCUUUAUAGGAAAUGUAUCAGUCAGUGAUGAAGACAUCAGCCAGUUACAUACCUUUGUACUGAAAGAUAAUGCUGGCGGAAUGUUUAAACUAAAAGGUCAGAUGCUGGUGAAAGCUGUUGAUGACAGACUCAAUAUCAGCAAAUUGUACUCAGUUAUUGUUCAAGCUCUUGAUAACGGAGUUCCAGUCAAAUCAGUUGAGCAAACAUUUUAUAUCAGUAUUUCUGGAGUUAGUGAAGCACCCCAAGAGCUGGCAGUUAUCCCACUUGGAAAAACUAUACAGAGUUCUCCAUCUGUUAUAAUCAUAGCUGAAAAUUCCUUCAUAAAUGAUGGCAUAGCAACCAUACAAGCAGAGGACAGAGACCUGGAUCAAACUAUUGCCUUCACUUUGCUAGUUGAUGAUGAAGGACAGUUCAAAUUAGAUAAAGAAGUUGCCUGCAGUAAAUCACAGAUGAGUUCUAUCAUUUGCAGAACAAAUCUAUUAUUGGCUAAAACUGUGAACUUUGAGAAGAAAAAUAAAUACACAAUCAUCUUUGUAGCAACUGACUCUGAGAAACAGCAAUCUGCUUUUACUUUAGUGAUUGAGAUAUCAGAUAUUGAGGAGCCUCCUACGAACAUAAUUUUUAACUCGCCCUCAUUGUCAGUAUGGGAGAACAGUGAAAACAUUGUUGUGGGCAAAUUCUCUGCUGAGGAUGAGGACAAAAAGAACUCCCAUACAUUUACUUUAAUGAACAACAAAGAUAAUGUUUUUGUAAUAACAGCAGACGGACAACUGUCAGUUGUUUCAGGUGCUGCACUUGAUUAUGAAGUGAAGAAUUCCUAUAACAUCACAGUUAGAGUUACAGAUUCAAGUCCAUCACCAAAUAAUUUUUUUGAAAAAAUCUUUACUGUCGCUGUUUUGAAUGUCAAUGAAAAGCCAAAUAGCUUAAAGCUUAGCAACAAUACAAUUUUUGAAGGAAGUUCAGUGUCAACUAUAAUAGGAGAUUUGUUAACUGAGGACCCUGAUAAUAAAAUUUUGGACCUGAAAACUUCUUUGCCACAAACUUUUGAGUACAAGCUAUUGGAUGAUGCAGAUGGAAGAUUUGAACUGUACCAGUCUACUAUUAAGCUCACACAAAAGGGAGCACAGUGCACUGUUCAGUGGUGUGGCCUGGACUUUGAGACACAGAAAUAUCACGUGAUUCUAGUACAAGUUACAGAUUCAGGCACACCAAGCCUCUCGGCCUCCUUCUCAACCACCAUCCAAGUUUUAGAUGCCAAUGACCCUCCUGUGUUGUCAGACAUGUCUGUCACACAGCUGAAGGAGAAUAUGACAGUUGGAGAUGUUGUCGCUAAGUUGAUUGCUACAGAUCAAGAUGCUGGGCAAAAUCUUACUUUUUCUAUUGGAGAUGAAGGCACCCACAACUUCAGGGUUGAAGGAGACAAGCUUGUUUUGGCUAAACCAUUGGACUUUGAGACAAGUUCAGUUGCCUCUGUUGAAGUGAUUGUAACUGACUCUGGGGUGCCUUCAAAAUCUGGAAGAGCUACAUUCAAGUUUGAUGUUUUAAAUGUUGGAGAGCCUCCACUGUCAAUCAACAUAGAAAGUAUUCUGGGAAAUCAAACACUUAGUUUUCUGUUGGAUCAACCAGUUGUAGCUGAAACAACAAAAGCUGGCUCUGUGAUUGGUCAACUCCUGAUUUCAGACCCAGACAGCCAAGAUGAUAUAUCUGCCUUUGUAUCUGGAGAUAUUUUAAAGUCUAAUAAACCAAACUGUACAAAUCGAAAUACGGGCACUUACUGUGUGGCAACUGUGCUGCUGGGAAAACCAUUGGAUUAUGAAACACAGAGCAGCUUCUCAGUCACUGUGUUGGCAGUGGAUAAAUAUGGCCUGCAGCUGAAUAAAACAUUUUUAGUCAAGGUGAAAGAUGAAAAUGAUGCUCCACAGACACUUCUCAUUAACAAGACAGCUGUGGACACAAUACAAGUGAAAGAAAAUUCACAAGGGGUCACAAUCGCUACCCUCGAUGCUAUUGACCCAGAUAAAAACCAGACAUUUAUUUUUACUGUUAUUGGAAGCUCCCAGUUUACCACUGCAGGGAACUCACUGAAGGUUUUACCUAAUGCAACCUUGGAUUAUGAAACUGCAAAACUAUUACAUGUAAAAAUCAAAGUCACUGAUAGUGGACAGCCCCCUUUGUCUCUGGAGAAAGAUAUAACAGUGGAAGUCCUUGAUCAAAAUGAAGUACCAACUGGCAUAUCCCUAACCAGGAGCAAGGUAUCUGAAGAUGCAGUAGUUGGUGUAGAAAUUGGCAGCUUUAUCACCACAGACCCAGAUAACAAAGGAGAAAUGAGACAAAAAUUCACAUAUGAGCUGGUAGACAAUGGAAAUGGCAUCUUUGGAAUCUCUAAUGGAUCACUGGUUGUCAAGGAUGCUAAACUGGACUAUGAAGUGAAAGCCUCUUACAUAAUCAAGGUGAAGGUGACUGACAAUGGCAGCCCCCCUCUCUCAGCACAGUUUGAUAUAGAGGUACAGGUGAUGGAUGCUAAUGAUGCUCCCACUAACCUGCAACUUUCAGCUUGGACAGUAUCAGAGGCUGCUAAUAUUGAUACUGUCGUUGGAAAUUUAUCAGCUCAGGAAUCAGACAUUGGACAGACCAUCAGCUUUACCAUUGGCAACAGCACAGACUCUUUUACUGUUAAAGAUAUGCGAUUGGUUGUCAGUGGUGGUCUAGACUUUGAAACUGCCCCAAGAGUCAACAUUGAGAUAACAGCAACAGACAAUGGCACCCCAACCAAAUCUGUUGUACGAAUGUUUACCAUCACUGUGACAGAUGUAAAUGAGCCUCCAAUCCAAAUGAAUUUUAUUGCUUCACUGGCAAGUAAGUUUGCUAUUGCUGAAAAUGUUCCUGUAAAGACAGUAAUUGGAACCAUUGAGACUUAUGAUCCUGACAAUGUUGACAGAGCUACAUUGGAAGUGACAACUUUAUCAUCACCAGUGUUUAAGCUGGACACAGCUGGGGCAACUUGUGCAGUGAAAAUAGUAGCCUCAAUGGGAUCAACCUUCACGAUUUGCACCCAAACUGUUUUGCUGGCUCAAACUGUAAAAUAUGUUGCUAACUCACCACCAUUAAACCUGGAGGUUCUAGCUAAAGAUAAAGGUCAACUAACAAUAAAAAAUAAAUGGUUGUUUGUGGUGAAUGACAGUAAUGAUGCUCCCUAUAAUAUAUCAAUAGCUGCUGAUAAACUGGAAAUUCCUGAAAAUCAGGCAAUUUUUAAACUAGGAGCAUUAGAUUGUGCAGAUCCAGAUAUUGGCCAAAAUCAUGCAUUUCAACUGUUGACAUACUGGGAGAUCUUCAGAGUGGAGUCAGGCUCACUGUUAACCAGUUAUGUGCCUCUAGAUUAUGAGAAGCAGUCAGUUUACACAGUGGCAAUCAAAUGUGUGGAUGAUGGGGAACCAGCUGCAAGUUUUACCAAGAAUUUUACUGUGACUGUUACAGACAUCAAUGAAGCUCCCUCAGAUAUUACAUUAUCCAACAGUGAAGUACCAAAAACAGCAAAAGUUGGUGAGACAGUUUCAUUCAUUCUUGUGGUAGACCCAGAUAAUGCUGGCACAGAAAGCCCGAGGCAGAAUCACACAUGUGCUGUAGUUAAAGAUGAGACUGGAAGUUUUAAAGUUGGCCAAGAUGGAAAAACUUUGCAAAUAAAUAACAAACUGCCUUUGAACAAAACAACAAUAAAGAUAACUCUCAAAUGCUCAGAUAAUGGACAACCAAGCUUAUUUUUUGUCAAAGAUUUUGAUAUCUUUGUAUCAGAAACAGUACAAGUUCCAAAAGCUAUUUCAAUGAAGGGGCCAAAAACAGUUGCAGAAAACACCAUCAAUGUUGAUGUUGGAACAUUUUCAGUUAUCAAUGCAUUAACAGAAACUGAAAUUUUUGGGUUCUUCAUCUUCUUUGACGUAAUCACCAUAGAACUACAAAAGGAAAUAUUUAGAAUUGAAGAAAAUAAAUUAAUAAUUGAUUCACCUUUGGACUUUGAGAAAACACCCAGUGUCACAAUCAACUUAACAGUGUCUGGCGUUGACACCAUGAUGAAUGAAAUAGAAUUAAAAGGAUCAUUCAAGAUAAAAGUGCUGGAUGUUAAUGAGCCACCACAGCAGAUCAACAUCUAUGGUGGAGGACAAGUGGCAGAAAAUUCUGCUCCAGGAACAAUCAUAGGAGACUUAAACACAGUGGAUCCAGAGCCUUAUCAGACUUACACGUACACUCUCAUGUCUGUUGCUGCUGGCUUAGAUGCAUCUCAGAGUCUUCCAGAGUUAGUGACUACAUUUCAAAUUAUUGGGCGCACCUUGAAAGUAGGAUCAAAUAAUACAGCUUUAAAUUUUGAAAAGGUUAAAACACUGAGCUUAGUAAUUCAAACAGUGGAUUCUGGAACUCCCCCUCUAGGCCUGAACUACACCAUCAGAAUAAUUGUGACUGAUGUCAAUGAUCCUCCUACAGAUGUCAGCCUCAGCAAUAAUUUGAUAAGAGAAGAUGCCCAUGUAGGAGAUUUGGUAGGGGUACUGGCAGUUACAGAUGAAGAUGGUCCACAAAAUCACAGCUGUUUGGUCAAUAACUUGGAUGCUGUCCCAUUUACAGUAGAAAACAGUCUGAAGUUAAAAGUUAGUAGGCUGGGUCUAGAUUAUGAAAAACAACGAACAUAUGUUGUUGAGGUAACAUGCCAGGAUGAUGGUAAAGAUGGCACCCAUCUAAGGAUUUCCAAAUCUCUGACAGUUAAUGUGAGCAACGUGAAUGAACCACCAUAUGACAUUGUGCUUUCUAGACAAGAUAUUGAUGAGAACAAUGUCAUUGGACAAUUAGUUGGAGAAAUAAUGGCUACAGACCCAGAUAGCCAGCAGGUUUUCAUUUCUCUUGAGGGUGAAACAUCUAACUUUGAGAUAAAAGGAAAUGGCUCAUUAACUGCCAGUGCUGUUUUUGAUUUUGAAAAGAAAUCAUUUUACACCAUUAAUGUGAAAGCAACUGAUGAUGGCGGUCUUUAUUCUUUAAUUACUUUUGUAAUUCAAAUAAAUGAUAUUAAUGAGAGACCAACAAAUAUAAUCUUGUCAAAUAACACUGUGUCUGAGAAUGCUAAAAGAGGAACUAUCAUAGGAAAUAUUCAAGCCCUGGACCCAGACAGGAAUCAAACCUAUCAGUACACAAUUACAGAAGCCCCUCCAGCAGAAGGUAACUUUGUGCUUAUUGGUAAUAACCUUGUGGUAGGGAGAUCUGAACUGAACUUUGAACUUUCUGAUAAGUACAAAAUAUCAAUCACAGUCACUGACAGUGGACAGCAGUCUUUAACACUAGACUUUGAUAUCAGGAUCACAAAUGCUAAUGACCCACCAACACAGAUUGUGCUGCAUGAGCCACUGAUUGUUACAGAGAACUCUCCACUGUCCACUGUGGUGUCAGAUAUUUUUGUGGUAGAUGAGGAUAAAAACCAGACUCAUACAUGUAGUGUGCAAGAAAGUGAAGCACCAUUUUCUAUAAAGAGGAUGGAGAAUCAAAGACUCCAGUUGAUAACCAGUGCUGAGGUCAGCUAUGAAAAGUACAGCAGUUACCAACUUACCAUUGUUUGUUCUGACGGAGAGUUUGAGAUUGAAAAGGUUGUAGAAGUAGCAGUUGAAAAUGUGAAUGAGCCUCCAGUGUCAAUAGUCCUAAAUGGAGAUGUUCUAUCUGCUACUUCCCCUGUACCAUAUGAAGUUGGAACAUUGGAUGUUACAGAUGAUGACAAAGGUCAAGUUCAUACAUUUAGUAUUGUGGGAGCUAACUCUGACUUGUUUGAGGUACAAGGUACAAAUCAGCUGUUCCUUGCAAAGUCAAUUCCAGUUUAUUUUCUUGAGCAACAAAAUCCAGCUUUAAACAUCACCAUAAUUGUAGCUGACAAUGGACAGCCAGCCAUGACUUGCCAACAGACCUUAAAACUCAGCAUAGUAGACAUUGAUAUUGAGGAGCUCAAACUGCCAGAAAUUACUAUCAGUCAAAGUGUGGUCCCGGAGAAUGCUACAGAGGGGUAUGUAGUGGGAGUGAUCUAUGACCUCAACACAACAAUUAGUGCCUCAGUUACUUUCAACAUAACAAGUGAUAAUAGCUCAAUGUUUGCUAUAAAGAAUAAUAAAGAGUUGGUACUCACAAGGAAUAUCAGCACAUUUUAUGGAAAUUCUGCACAAGUGGUCAUAGAGGCUACAAAUAGACAAACAUCAGUAACAAAGUCAAGAACUAUAACUGUUGUCAUCUCAAGAUCAGAUAAUUGUUAUGAUAAUGGGAAGACCUGUCAUGAAGCUGCCCGAUGCACUCAGAUGAGUGGCACUACUUACAAAUGUAUCUGUAGUGAUGACUUUGAAGGAGAUGGCUUUACAUGUCAACAAAUUGACCACUGUAAACUUCAAACCACUGGGGAACAGUGUUUACAUGGGGUGUGUAAAGAUGGAAUCAAUUCUUUUCAGUGUUUGUGUAAUGAGGGCUACACAGGAAAAUUGUGUGAAGUUUCUCCAACUGAAGAAGAUCCUUGUCAGAAUAAUUCCUGUAGAAACAAUGCUGCUUGCAAGCCAACCAAUGACAAGAAAGAUUACAUCUGUGUCUGUGGUCCUGGUUGGACAGGAAAAUUGUGUGACUCCAAUAUUGAAGACUGUACACCAACAUCCUGUCCAGGAAUAGAAACAUGUGUUGAUGGCAUCAUGUCCUUUUCUUGUAAAUGUCCAGCUGAUAGAAUAGGCCAUCAGUGUGAAUUUUUUGUUGAUUCUUGCCAAGUUGGCAGCUGUUCUGCUGCUGAAAUUUGUGUACCAAAACUCAAUGUUAAGGACAGGAUUUGUACAUCAAGUGAUAAAGUAUAUAAACAGAAGCUGGACUGUUCCAAUAAAAAUGAUACAGAGCAAUGUAAGAACCAAUUUAUCACAUUUGUUCAAGAAAACGGACAUUUCCCUUCAAAAUCCUCCAACAUUUCAACCACCAGAACCAAACGAGAAGUUGUUCAUGUGGAUUUACUUGAUGACUUCACAUCACAUUUCUAUCCAAACUCACGGGUCAAGCGUGAAACAAGUGUCCAAAGUAAGGUCAUAAUGUAUAUGCUGGACUACACUAAAGCUGAAGAAAAUAUUAUUUUGGUCAGAUUUGUGGUGAUGGACAUCAACUAUAAUCCAUAUACUCAAGUGGACAUUCUUGUAGCCUUAGCUUCUACUUGUUCAUCUAUUGCAAACAGUGGUCAAUCUGAAACAUCUUUUUGCCCAUCAAUACUUCAUGAUUAUAAUGAUUACAUAGCACCACCUACAAGUGUUAGACCAACAGAGCUGACCACACAAGAAGUGACCACAACAAAGAGCACCACAGCAACGAAGACAGCCACUGAUAUCUUUGAUCCUAGAUCCAAUGCACAUCACCUGUUACCUGCAGAGCUGUGGGUGUAUGUGUGGCUUUGUUGGAUGAUUGCUUUCAUUUUUAGGAGUGGAUUCUUAUGAGGUCACAUGACCAACGCUGUCUCGGAAUAAAUUAGCAGCUUGACCCCACACUAUUUAUUUGAUACACAUUUGUUUGAUACACAUUUGUUUGAAAUAUAACUUGACAAACAAUGCAUAAAUUGUAUGUAAUCCGACAUUGUUUACAAAAAUAAAAUUUGUUGAAUUUCAAAGACCAAAUAACAUUUGUUAGAAAUUUGUUUACUUAUACUUAUUCAGUUGUCAUACUUGAUUGUUUUUAAUAUAAACCUACUUAUUUUGGCUAUACAUGUUUAAUUCGUUUUAAAUGCCAAAUUAUUUGUCUAUAACAUUUUUAAACAGCUUAACAGCUCAUCAUUUGGUGCAUGUACACUUUUUGUUAGCAGUCGGUAUUUAGG